AUGGGUGCACUUUUCGCCGUCCUCACCAUUCCUUAUCGAAGCAUCAAAGAAUCUAUUGAGAAAAGUCGCAAGCAGAAGAACAAAAUUAAACAAGUAAAUAAACAAACAAAAUCUGCACCGGGAAGUCGCACACCGAGUGUUUAUCGUGAGACGGGAGGAAGAACACGAAGAACAGAGAGAUUAGAAGGAAGAGUUAGUCCAGAGAAGGGAAGAUCGCAAUCAUUAGGUUAUUUACCAUCGUUCGAAACGCCUCGGGCAGAAUUGGAGGCAGAAUUGGGCAAGGGAGUAAACAAGGGAAAGGGAAAAGAAAUCGAAGGGGCUUCGCUGCAGAAAUUUUCGACGGUGUUAAGGACGACGUCGCAGAGAGAUUUUGCGUUGGACGCUACACAGCAGGUAGAGGUUAUUGCGUAG